AAAAUUGCCAGACACACAGUUGGUGAAAGAAACAACAGAAAACAUAGACAGCAUCGUAUACCUAGCAUGGUUCCCUUCUGCAAAGACAGUUAUACUGACACGGGCCGCCGACUGUCAAGACAGCGGUGUACCUACACCAUCGCCUACCUGCCAUU